UGAGCCUUGAUCAUUAGUUGAUUUAUUUGGUUCAUGAUUUCAUUUUUCACUGAGAUAAAAUUUAUCUGUGGUACGGAAAUACCCUAUAGAAUAAUCUAUGGACUAUGACAAACUGUUUCGUCAUGAUUUAUGUGUUUGGAUUGGAGACGAAACACAGCUAAACACAGAGUUAAAAGUAUUUUUGAAACAAGUUAAUGCGGUGUUGUUAGUUGUCCGUCUGUUUUAUAUAUAUUUAAUAAAAAGAUCGCGUUUGCAGUCGUGAGUUAAAUUCUGCUGAAAAACUGCACUUUUCUACUAAUUGUUUGGACAGAUUCUGAACCAACAAAAAUGGGGAAAGGGAAAAAACGUGAUAAAGAUAAAAAAGAAAUAGAGCAGUUGGCAAAGGAUACUGCUCCAUUACGUAUCAGCGAUACCCAACCAUCAACAUCUCAGGCAUCUGUUCCUCAACCAGUGGAAGAGGAAUCGGAAGGAUUGGGACUAGGUCUAUCAAGCAGGAGUCGCAAGAAAAAACAAAAGGCGGCGCCUGUAGCAUCCACAUCAUCAUCUGAGGUGCCACAGUCUGUCUCGGAAUACCCCACUCCUAUGGAUACGCCUAUGGCUGUAGUACCUGCACCUGUCCCACAGGCCCAAAAGGAAACACAAGAAGAGUCAGAAGGUCUGGGUCUAGGGUUAUCUAAAGGGAGAUCAAGACCUCGAAAGAAAAAAAGUGCAGCACAAGCUCAACAAGCCCCAUCUGCAACAGCCUCUGUUCCAGUCUCUGUUUCUGCGCCAAUUCCCAGUUUGACUGAGCCAGAUCCUGGUCAAUAUUCACAGAUUCCCGGCCAAACUACACAGAUACCUGGUUCAUUAGCAGUAACAACUGGUCCACCUCCACAAUCCCCAGUAUCACCUGGCAGUGCCAUUAGCACCCCUGUUGCUGGUGCACCGUCAUGUUCUUGGAGAAGUUCAUCUCAGGCUUCACAAAGUACUCCUUCACCAUUUGGUAGUGACAGAAGUGAUACUUGGGAGGUAAAACCAGGAUCAUCAUCGCAAGUUGGAAGUGGCGCGGGCCGUGGAAUUGGACGUGGUAGAGGAGGCGCACCGCCGGGAAUUGGAAGGGGGGCUACACCACCAGGACCAGGAUGGGGGGCCCCGCCGCUAGAAUCGGGAAGGGGAGCUCCGCCGUCAGGGUCGGGUAGGGGAGCCCUGCCGCCAGGGACGGGAAGGGGAGCCCCGCCGCCAGGUUCAGGAAGGGGAGCCCCGCCGUCAGGGGCAGGAAGGGGAGCCCCGCCGUCAGGGGCAGGAAGGGGAGCCCCACCGCCUGGUUCAGGAAGAGGAGCCCCGCCGCCAGAGUCUGGUAGAGGAGACACACCAUCUGCAACUCCACCAGCACCCAGGCCUUCUUUGCGCUCUAUACCACUGAGAAUUCCUGGGCCCACCAGUCCAAACUCAAGGCGGGUAAAGGUGUUGACAAAUUAUUUGCCUAUGAGGAUUAAGGAUCUAAAAGUUUAUCGCUAUGACGUGAGUUUCAACCCGGAUAAGCCAAAGAAGUUCAUUGUACAGGCUUACCAUAUGGCUAAGGCAAAGCUAUUCCCAAAGCAGGUUUUGGCAUUUGAUCAAAUGAAGAAUUGUUAUUGUCUUACUCCUUUGCCUGGUGUGACUGGCAAUGAACGAGUUUUCCUGGGGGUAGAGGUUCCUGAUACCAAUAACAGAUCCGUCAAGUAUGAAGUAUCCUUCAAAUUUACAGGCCUUGUUGAUUUGGGUACAAUAACACAAUACAUGCUUAAUGGCACGACCCUUAAUCCACCAACGGAAGCUAUUCAGUGUGUUGAUGUUAUAUUAAAACAGGGAACAUUGGAAUCUUAUAUAAAGGCUGGACGGCAAUAUUUCAUGCGUCCGAGAAAUCCAAAGGACUUGGGCGAUGGACUGGAGAUGUGGACUGGACUGUUUCAAUCAGCGAUAUUCACCUCACUUCCUUUUGUUAAUAUUGACGUGGCCCACAAAGGUUUUCCAAAGCAACAACCGUUAAUGCAAGCAAUAGCCGCCGAUUUCAGGUUGGACGUGAAUCGUCCACUGGAUUAUCAAAAGGGUUUCGGCGUUAUCAGUUUUCUAGAGUUUAUCAAAGGUCUGAAGGUGGUGGCAAGAUUGAUCGGGGGACCUGACGUCCGAACACGUGAGUUUAUAUGCAACGGUAUCGCGGCCACACCUGACAAACAAGAAUUUACGUUUACCGACAAUGAAAGCAAUCAAAACAUCACCAUGACCGUGGGUGAUUAUUUCCGCCUGAAGAAAGGCUACAAAAUACAGUACCCUAACAUGAAUUGCAUGUGGGUUGGACCGAAAGACAAGGGGAUCUAUUUCCCAAUGGAACUGUUGGAAGUCGCCUAUGGACAGGCUCGGAAUAAGCAACUGAACGAAAGGCAGUUGUCCACCAUGGUGAGAGAAGCGGCAACACCUCCUGACAUACGCAAACAGAAAAUUGAAGAGGUCAUUCAAAAAAUGAACUACUCAGCAAAUCCAUAUUUCAAACAUUUCGGCUUGGAGAUAUCGCAAGAUUUCUUCUCCGUGGAGUCCAAAGUGCUGGAACCUCCUCUAUUACAAGUGGGCAUGGCGCGAGGUGUCACUCCCAGGGAUGGCUCAUGGCAAGCAAAGACACUGUUAAGGCCGAAGACAUUAGAUGCCUGGGGUUUUAUCGCUGUAGAUUUGAAUCCACAUGAGAGUAACAGCGAAAUCGUCAUCACAUCGUUGAUGGACAUGGCUCGCCAGAUGGGCAUGAACAUGAGCAAACCUCUGAUGCAACAGUACAACGUACGCGUGGACGCAUUGCAAAGGACGUUGUCGGCCGCAGUGGACAAACGAGUCGGUUUCAUGUUCAUAGUCAUAUCUAGAAGGGGACGCGAUACUUAUCAAAGGGUGAAGAAAAUCGCCGAGUGCGAAGUGGGAAUUCUGACGCAAUGUAUAAAAGAGGUGACCGCUACCAAUCGCAUGAAUCCGCAGACCGCUCGGAACAUCCUGUUGAAGGUGAAUUCUAAAUUGAUGGGUGUUAACCAAGUUCUGGACCAGUGCAGCGAGCCGCCAUGUUUGAAGAGCGGCGACGUCAUGGUUGUGGGCGCUGACGUCACGCAUCCCUCUCCCGAUCAGAGAAAUAUACCGAGCAUUGCAGCUGUGACUGCUUCCUUGGAUACAAAAUGUUUCAUUUACAACAUAGAGCUUAGCAUCCAGACGCCAAAGGAAGAAAUGAUACUGCAAUUCGAAGAUAUGAUGUUCGACCACCUCGUGUUGUAUAGGAAGCAUCAAGGGAAACUGCCCCAUAAAGUGUUUGUGUUCCGCGACGGCGUGUCAGAGGGACAGUUUUCACAGGUGAUGCAAUACGAGUUAGCUGCGAUUCACAAAGCCUACGCCAGGCUUACCGGGGGCAAAGGGAAGCCGGAAAUAUUGUUUUUGCUCGUGCAAAAACGCCAUCAUACAAGAUUCUUUUUGCCGGGGAAUCAGGCGAGGUUCAAUGUCACCCCCGGUACUGUGGUUGAUACGCACAUCGUGCAUCCGCGCGAGCUGGACUUUUAUUUGGUAUCCCACCAAGCCAUAAAGGGCACGGCUCGUCCGACUCGCUACCACGCCGUGUGCAACGACGGCAAGAUACCUGACGACGAGGUGGAGCACCUCACGUUCUACCUCUGCCACCUGUAUUCGCGCUGCAUGAGGUCCGUGUCGUACCCGACGCCGACAUACUACGCGCAUCUUGCUUGCAUGCGCGCCAGAUCUCUCACAUACGGUCAGACGUUCAUCAAUCAUGAUCUGGAGAGGAACCCCAUGCGUCUACGUGUACUCGACAGGAUGCUGCAACACAGCCGCAUGUUCUUCGUCUGAAUAUAAUAUACAAGUUUUGGAAAAAAGAAAAAUUGAUCGAGUUUAAAAAAAGGGUUUCGAAAAGAAAAUUUUAAUUUGGAGUUAAAAAAAAAAAUGAAAAAUGGAUUAUAUUUUUGGCAUUUUCACAAAAAUCAUGGAUCUAUAGGCGUGUUGUAUUAAAACACUUAUGCCUUAUGUACUCAUUUCGGAAGUAUAUUUACCACUGUGUGAUGUAAUCGACACUUUUUCCUGUAAUUUAAUCGAUUUUUAUUAGCGCUAAGUUUGGACUAUAUGUAUUUAUAUUCUUAUAUUCUUGAUGUAUUAGAAUAUGAAAAAAAAAUCAAAAAUAAUUUUAAAAAUAUUUGAAAAAAAAAAUAGAUUAAAAUCCGCAUUUUUUACUCUAUUGAUGAGGCCAAAAAAAGCAAUCUUGUGUAAUCUUGAAAUUUACUAUCAGGCAAAAUAUUGACUCAUUGAAUAGUAUAAAAAUAUCAAUUAUGAAUAGUCUAAUAUAAGCAUAUUAUGCAUUAUACAAUCUAAAUGCUUAAUCAUGAAAUAUUUACAAUAACAACAUAUUUGCUGGUGGUGGUAUAUAUUUUAUAUCCACCCGGAUAGCGACCACCGUACACAAGGUGUAAAAGCCCGCCAUAGUGGUCCAUGUAAGUGUGUCGCGUUCCGGGAUCAGUCUGUGUAUAUCCGGCUCAACAGGCCGACAUAAUUUUGUCGACUGCCGAGGGGUUAUCAUCUCUCGUGAGUUGAGAUUCUAUUAGACUCCAAUCCACUUGCCAUAGUGCUAAGUGCAAUAGGAUCAAUUUUCCGUGCUUGUAUAUAAAAAAGUAAAUGUCCAAUUUUAUUGAUUUAUUUUCUUUAUACCAUUGCUUGUUGAAAUAAUUCCUUACGAUAUAUCAGUGCUUUGCUUAGUUUGUUCUAGUUAUGUUCAUAUUCCGAUCUAACUGAUAUUUAAUUCGCGGCAUAACAAAUUUCUACACGUCGGAAUCUGAUAUUAGUUUCUUGUAUCUUUCGAUAAUAUUGUUUAGUUAGCUUUUGCGGGGUGUUCCACACGAGUUUUUUUUUUAUAUUUUAUUAAGCUUUAUAAUGCAUACCAUUGUACUAUAAAACUAAUUAUAAAGAGGCUAAGGUCGAAUCGCAGAGAUGCAUUGUCGAUGUCCAUAGAUAAUGGUAGAUUUUUACCUUUAGUUUAAACAUCAGCUCGUCUGCUUUCAAUGACAUUAAAGAAUACUUUUAUAUUUUUAGUGUCCGGUCACAUGCGAACGGUCACUGUCUGUUCCUUUAGUUGUGCGAAAUUUGGUUGAAUCGCUUAUCAGUUCUAAAAUAGCCUUUAUUAGGGAACAAUAAAGUCGCACGAGAUUUUUUGGACAUAUGUAUCGUCCUGAAUCCUAGCCCUUGUAAUUCGACAGUUUAUAUUAUAGAUGUAGAUUUAUAGUGUUGCCUGAUUAUAAUUAAAUAAAAUCGUUUUAUUUAAUAUUUUGUUUUGUGUUUGCAUAAUGAGCUGUGUUAUCUGUUUAUAUAUUUUAUUAUAGUCGGGCAUUAUAUUUUCACUGUUUAUCUUGUUUAAAAGCUUGUAAUUAAAUAAUACAAGUGUAAUGCUUUUUAUAUUUGCCAAUCUGAUACGCUUCAUGUCUAUUUUUAUUGACAAAAUUUGCAAUAGAUCAUUCAUCGAUAUUUAUUUAUUGCCGUUUUGAAUAAACGAUCUCUUUUUCAAUCCAUCGCAAAAAUUGACCAAUCAGAACAAAGGUUUUUUGUCAUGCUUACAAAUGACGUGUUUUGAUUGGUUUAUUCUCGGAAUGGCACGAAGAUUGAAAUCGUUUGUAGAAAACGGCCGUUAUUCAUUUAUGGCAUUAAUAAAAUGUUAUCGCAUUUUCGUCAAAAAUAUAGACUGUUUAGUGUAGUUUGAAAUUAAAACGAUUUUAAUAUUUCGUCUUUUAUAACAAUAUGUAAUCUAAAUUUUAAAACGGUACGCGUUUAAAGUGUUUUUUUUUUAAUUAUAAAUUUUGAGAUUAUAAUCAGAAUUAUCAGGAUUUGAACAAAAUUUACUUAUGAAAACCCAAAAAAUCGAAGUAAAAUUAUAUUAUGUAUGUACAUAUUGGGUUUAGUAAUUAAAGUAACAAUGUAAUCAGUACUUGUAACGUAUACAAUAUUUUGUCUUAUUACCGCAUCUACAGGGUUGAAAUUCAUUGUUCUUAUUAAAUUUAUAUUAUAUAGCAAACCGAUAAAUUCGUAAAAAAAUUAAACACUUACAGGACAUUACUGAUGCUGGACACAACCUCUACAUUGUCAAUUUUUGUAUUCAAACAUACUGACGUUGGCUUGUAAUAAGGUAAAUUAUUUUUCAAAAUUAAAAUACAUACGGCGCAAGGAUCAGUGGCGGCUUUAACCGACGCCAGUUCCUGCGUAAAUAAA